AGCGAGGCGGCGGCCGGGGCCGGGGCUGGGGCAGCGGCGGCCGCGCCGGGCAUGGAGCUGGCAAGCCCGCGCUGAGGCGGGACGCGCCUGCUGGCCGCGAGCGAGAGGCUCUCCGGCGUCCGGCGCGCGGGCUCCCGGCCCGGGCCGGGCAAACUUUUCUUUCUCUUUUGCGCUAGCCAGAGGCGCCUUCUGCGGCGGGCGGACCGACUCCUCGGCGCGGCGGGGCCGGGGCAAACUGGACGCAGCAUGAUGCGCGCAGUGUGGGAGGCGCUGGCGGCGCUGGCGGCGGUGGCGUGCCUGGUGGGCGCGGUGCGCGGCGGGCCCGGGCUCAGCAUGUUCUCCGGCCAGGCGGCGCAGCCCGACCCCUGCUCGGACGAGAACGGCCACCCGCGCCGCUGCAUCCCCGACUUUGUCAACGCGGCCUUCGGCAAGGACGUGCGCGUGUCCAGCACCUGCGGCCGGCCCCCGGCGCGCUACUGCGUGGUGAGCGAGCGCGGCGAGGAGCGGCUGCGCUCCUGCCACCUCUGCAACGCGUCCGACCCCAAGAAGGCGCACCCGCCCGCCUUCCUCACGGAUCUCAACAACCCGCACAACCUGACGUGCUGGCAGUCCGAGAACUACCUGCAGUUCCCGCACAACGUCACGCUCACGCUGUCGCUCGGCAAGAAGUUCGAGGUGACCUACGUGAGCCUGCAGUUCUGCUCGCCGCGGCCCGAGUCCAUGGCCAUCUACAAGUCCAUGGACUACGGGCGCACGUGGGUGCCCUUCCAGUUCUACUCCACCCAGUGCCGCAAGAUGUACAACCGGCCGCACCGCGCGCCCAUCACCAAGCAGAACGAGCAGGAGGCCGUCUGCACCGACUCGCACACCGACAUGCGCCCGCUCUCGGGCGGCCUCAUCGCCUUCAGCACGCUGGACGGGCGGCCCUCGGCUCACGACUUCGACAACUCGCCGGUGCUGCAGGACUGGGUCACGGCCACGGACAUCCGCGUGGCCUUCAGCCGCCUGCACACGUUCGGUGACGAGAACGAGGACGACUCGGAGCUGGCGCGCGACUCCUACUUCUACGCCGUGUCCGACCUGCAGGUGGGCGGCCGCUGCAAGUGCAACGGCCACGCUGCCCGCUGCGUGCGCGACCGCGACGACAGCCUGGUGUGCGACUGCAGGCACAACACGGCCGGCCCGGAAUGCGACCGCUGCAAGCCGUUCCACUAUGACCGGCCCUGGCAGCGCGCCACGGCCCGCGAGGCCAACGAGUGCGUGGCCUGUAACUGUAACCUGCACGCCCGGCGCUGCCGCUUCAACAUGGAGCUCUACAAGCUGUCGGGACGCAAGAGCGGGGGCGUCUGCCUGAACUGCCGUCACAACACGGCCGGCCGCCACUGCCACUACUGCAAGGAGGGCUACUACCGCGACAUGGGCAAGCCCAUCACCCACCGCAAGGCCUGCAAAGCCUGCGAUUGCCACCCCGUGGGCGCGGCCGGCAAGACCUGCAAUCAGACGACGGGCCAGUGUCCCUGCAAGGACGGCGUGACCGGCAUCACAUGCAACCGCUGUGCCAAGGGCUACCAGCAGAGCCGCUCUCCCAUCGCCCCCUGCAUAAAGAUCCCUGUGGCACCACCAACCACGGCCGCCAGCAGCGUGGAGGAGCCGGAAGACUGUGAUUCCUACUGCAAGGCCUCCAAGGGGAAGCUGAAGAUUAACAUGAAAAAGUACUGCAGGAAGGACUAUGCGGUCCAGAUCCACAUCCUGAAGGCGGACAAGGCAGGGGACUGGUGGAAGUUCACGGUGAACAUCAUCUCCGUGUACAAGCAGGGCACGAGCCGCAUUCGCCGUGGUGACCAGAGCCUGUGGAUCCGCUCACGGGACAUCGCCUGCAAGUGUCCCAAAAUCAAGCCCCUCAAGAAGUACCUGCUGCUGGGCAACGCGGAGGACUCGCCCGACCAGAGCGGCAUCGUGGCGGACAAGAGCAGCCUGGUGAUCCAGUGGCGGGACACGUGGGCAAGGCGGCUGCGCAAGUUCCAGCAGCGCGAGAAGAAGGGCAAGUGCAAGAAGGCCUAGCGCGGUGGCCGAGGCGCCAGGCGGGCAGGCAGGGCGGGGCGUGGGGCCAAGCGGGCUUUCCCGGCGGUGGGGGGCGUGGGGA